AUGUCCACGUCCACGUCCACGUCCACGUCCACCGUGGACGUGGACGUGGACUUGGACGUGGACGUGGACGUGGACAUGGACGUGGACGUGGACGUGGACGUGGACAUGGACGUGGACAUGGACGUGGACGUAGACGUGGACGUGGACAUGGACGUGGACAUGGACGUGGACAUGGACGUGGACGUGGACGUGGACGUGGACUUGGACGUGGACGUGGACGUGGACGUGGAGGUGGACGUGGACAUGGACGUGGACGUGGACGUGGACGUGGACGUGGACGUGGACGUGGACAUGGACGUGGACAUGGACGUGGACUUGGACGUGGACGUGGACAUGGACGUGGACGUGGACAUGGACAUAGACGUGGACGUGGACGUGGACAUGGACGUGGACGUGGACGUGGACGUGGACGUGGACAUGGACGUGGACGUGGACGUGGACAUGGACGUGGAUGUGGACAUGGACGUGGAAGUCGAGAUGGACGUGGACGUGGACAUGGACAUGGACGUAGAAAUGGACGUGGACGUGGACGUAGACAUGGACGUGGACGUAGACGUGGACGUGGACGUGGACGUGGACGUGGACGUGGACGUGGACAUGGACGUGGACAUGGACGUGGACGUGGACGUGGACGUAGAAAUGGACGUGGACGUGGACGUGGACGUGGACAUGGACGUGGACAUGGACGUGGACGUGGACGUGGACGUAGAAAUGGACGUGGACGUAGAAAUGGACGUGGAUGUGGACGUAGACGUGGACGUGGACGUGGACGUAGAAAUGGACGUGGACAUGGACGUGGACGUGGACAUGGACAUGGACGUGGACGUGGACGUGGACAUGGACGUGGACAUGGACAUGGAGGUGGACGUGGACGUGGACGUGGACGUGGACAUGGACGUGGACGUGGACGUGGACGUAGAAAUGGACGUGGACGUGGACGUGGACGUGGACAUGGACGUGGACGUGGACAUGGACGUGGACGUGGACGUGGACGUGGACGUGGACAUGGACGUGGACGUAGACGUGGAGGUGGACGUGGACGUAGACGUGGACGUGGACGUGGACGUGGACGUGGACAUGGACGUGGACGUGGACGUGGACAUGGACGUGGACGUGGACGUGGACGUAGAAAUGGACGUGGACGUGGACGUGGACGUGGACAUGGACGUGGACAUGGACGUGGACGUGGACGUGGACGUAGAAAUGGACGUGGACGUGGACGUGGACAUGGACGUGGACGUAGACGUGGACGUGGACGUAGAAAUGGACGUGGACGUGGACGUGGACGUGGACAUGGACAUGGACGUGGACGUGGACGUGGACAUGGACAUGGACAUGGACGUGGAGGUGGAUGUGGACGUGGACGUGGACGUGGACAUGGACGUGGACGUGGACGUGGACGUGGACGUAGACGUGGACGUGGACAUGGACGUGGACUUGGACCUAAACGUGGACAUGGACGUGGACAUGGACGUCGACGUGGACGUGGACGUGGACGUGGACGUGGACGUGGACAUGGACGUGGACGUGGACGUGGACGUGGACAUGGACGUGGACGUGGACAUGGACGUGGACAUGGACGUGGACAUGGACGUGGACGUGGACAUGGACGUGGACGUGGACAUGGACGUGGACGUGGACGUGGACGUGGACGUGGACGUGGACAUGGACGUGGACAUGGACGUGGACUUGGACGUGGACGUGGACAUGGACGUGGACGUGGACGUAGACGUGGACGUGGACGUGGACAUGGACGUGGACGUGGACGUGGACAUGGACGUGGACGUGGACGUGGACAUGGACGUGGACGUGGACAUGGACGUGGACGUGGACAUGGACGUGGACGUGGACAUGGACGUGGACGUGGACGUGGACGUGGACGUGGACGUGGACGUGGACGUGGACGUGGACGUGGACAUGGACGUGGACGUGGACGUGGACGUGGACGUGGACAUGGACGUGGACGUGGACCUGGACGUGGACGUGGACGUGGACGUGGACGUGGACGUGGACGUGGACGUAGACAUGGACGUGGACGUGGACGUGGACGUGGACCUGGACGUGGACGUGGACGUAGAGGUGGACAUGGACGUGGACGUGGACGUGGACGUGGACGUGGACAUGGACGUGGACGUGGACGUGGACAUGGACGUGGAGGUGGACGUGGACGUGGACGUGGACAUGGACGUGGACGUGGACGUGGACGUGGACGUAGAAAUGGACGUGGACGUGGACGUGGACAUGGACGUGGACGUGGACGUAGAAAUGGACGUGGACGUGGACGUGGACGUGGACGUGGACGUGGACAUGGACGUGGACGUGGACGUGGACGUGGACAUGGACGUGGACGUGGACGUGGACGUAGUUAUGGACGUGGACGUGGACGUAGUUAUGGACGUGGAGGUGGACGUGGACGUGGACGUGGACGUGGACAUGGACGUGGACGUGGACAUGGACGUGGACGUGGACGUGGACGUGGACGUAGAAAUGGACGUGGACGUGGACGUGGACAUGGACGUGGACGUAGACGUGGACGUGGACAUGGACGUGGACUUGGACGUGGACGUGGACAUGGACGUGGACAUGGACGUAGACGUGGACGUGGACGUGGACAUGGACGUGGACGUGGACGUGGACAUGGACGUGAACGUGGACAUGGACGUGGACGUGGACGUGGACAUGAACGUGGACAUGGACGUGGACAUGGACGUGGACGUGGACGUGGACGUAGAAAUGGACAUGGACGUGGACGUGGACGUGGACAUGGACGUGGACAUGGACACGUGGACCGUGGACGUGGACGUAGAAAUGGACGUGGACGUGGACGUGGACGUGGACAUGGACAUGGACGUGGACGUGGACGUGGACAUGGACGUGGACAUGGACAUGGAGGUGGACGUGGACGUGGACGUGGACAUGGACGUGGACGUGGACGUGGACGUGGACGUAGACGUGGACGUGGACAUGGACGUGGACUUGGACCUGGACGUGGACAUGGACGUGGACAUGGACGUCGACGUGGACGUGGACGUGGACGUGGACGUGGACGUGGACAUGGACGUGGACGUGGACGUGGACGUGGACAUGGACGUGGACGUGGACAUGGACGUGGACGUGGACGUGGACAUGGACGUGGACGUGGACAGGACGUGGACGUGGACGUGA